AUGAAUUUGUUGCUCCGUCAGACCAACGCGUUAAUCCGCAAAAAUCUCCUCAUCCUUUGUAUCCGCAGGGCGCCCUCCACAUUCUUUCGCGCUAUCGUCAUUCCAGUCGUCAUUGUAUUCAUCGUUGCAUAUUCGAAAGCCUUCUUCGCCUCGCCUCAAAAAUGGGGAGUUUCGUCUUCGCAUCAUGUACGAUCAUUCCAAGACAGUCUGUCCCAAACCGUUGGACGUGAUAUCGUGGGUUUCGUCGAUAACGGCAUGAAAGGUGGAGAUGUGUCAGCCGUAAUUGAAGGGCUAUCGCAACAAAUUCGCUCAGGUGGAAAGACCCCUCAACUUUUCGACGAUGCACAGUCGCUGUCAAGAGCCUGUGCUUCGGAUCUUUCCGGUGUCUCGAACUGCUACGGUGCCAUUGUCUUUCUCUCGUCUCUGCAGCAAGGCAGCAAUGAGUCGGAGAAGGGUGCAUGGAACUAUACUCUUCGUGGUGAAAGCGACAAUUACGGAUCCUUCGCAGAUGUCACCAAAGACUCCAACGCUGUCGAACUGUAUCUUAUGCCGCUCCAGCGUGCCGUGGACCAAGAAAUAAUUGCGCAUGCUGGGACGAAUGCGACGCAACUCCCAAAAGACAUGAACAACGUGAUAUACACCAAUGACGACCAGGCCACUCUCGAUGAUAGCAGAACCAGCACCUAUCUUGCGCUUUGCAUCUACGCGUUCGGAACAAUCUUUUGUUUCUGUUUGUUUGACAUUGUGUACUACAUGACUUCUUUUGUGGCCCAGGAAAGGGAACUCGGAAUGUCCGGUUUGAUCGACACCAUGAUUCCUGGUGGCUCCAAUAUACGCGGGCGCCUCGUGCGGCAGAUUUCGACCUGGCUCUCCUUUGUAGCCGUCUACCUACCCAGUUGGAUCGUCGUUGGAGUCGUCAUCAGCACCGUGGUUUUUCCAAAAACAUCGCAAAACGUGCCUCUCGGGGUUACCAUUACGACAGGCCUGGCGCUGGCUUCUUUUUCGCUCUUUGGAUCUUCAUUUUUCAAGAAGUCGCAGCUCAGCAGUUCUAUCAUGAUACUCAUAGUUGUCAUAUUUGCCAUACUGCCUCAGGUUCUGACCAGCCAGACUCAUGGAACUGCUAUUAUUUUGGCCCUUCUUUGCCCUACUGCGACAUACACGUACUUCAUUAGUGGUGUAGCUACCUUCGAAGCUGCAGAUACUCCAAUACGGAUGUGGGGGAACCCAGAAGCUGGCAUCUUUUCAACGGAUGCCCAAGAAUGGCGGGUGAGCAUUGGAACUCUAUGGAUUUUCCUUGCGAUCCACAUUGUCGUCUUCCCCGUGUUGGCUUUUGGCGUAGAGCAUCUGUUAUUUACUACGACCUCUGCCAGCCGUGUCUUCGUACCGCCUUCGGGUCCCCAGGAGCCAACUGUCACGCUUCAGACAUUCUGCAAAACAUACAAACCUACAUUUUUCACGCGUAUUUUCAAGCGACGACAGGAUGUCAAAGCUGUGAAGGGCCUGGACAUGGCAGCCCACCCUGGUCAAAUUCUUUGUUUACUUGGUCCAAACGGCAGCGGAAAAAGUACGACUAUGAAUUGCAUCGCUGGUAAUCAGAAGGUCACUUCCGGGAAAAUCAUUCUAGACCCUUCUGGGGGAAUUGGUUAUGCGCCGCAGAACAAUGUUAUAUGGCCCGACCUGACUGUCGUGGAGCAUAUCCGUAUCUUCAGUGAGCUCAAGUGCACCCAGCCUGUCAACAAGGAAGUCGUCGCCGAUCUCGCCCGUAUGUGCGAUCUGCAGAAGAAGCUCUCUUUCCAAGCGAAGACACUAUCUGGAGGGCAAAAGAGAAAACUGCAGCUGGCAAUGACAUUCUCUGGUGGCUCAGCGGUAUGCUGUAUUGACGAGGUGUCCACUGGCCUGGAUCCCAUCUCACGUCGCCGGAUCUGGGAAAUCCUGCUCGCCGAGCGUCCUAGGCGCACUAUUAUAAUGACGACUCAUUUCCUGGACGAGGCAGAUUAUCUGGCGGACAACAUUGUCAUCAUGCACAAAGGCUCUCUGCGCGCCGAGGGCACUUCUGCGAUGUUGAAAAAUCAGUAUGGAAACGGAUAUACCAUCAAGUUGGCCAGCGGAACUGAUGUAGACUUACCCAAGUCAAUACCAGCAGAGAAGGAAGGUAGCAGACAUCAGAUGGUUUACCGGGUAGCCACUGCCACUCUCGCGGGGUUGGUUGUGGAGCAUCUCGAAUCACAAGGCAUUCACAACUAUGGCAUCUCAGGCCCAACCAUGGAGGAGCUAUUCUUGAAAGCAACUGGCGACAACAUCGUAUCUUCUGAAACGGCAACAGCGGGAAUGGAAAACAAUAUUGACACAAUCGGCGCUCCCGACACCGAAACAACAUACGAACUCAAAGAGGGACAGCCAAUAUCUGUGCUCAAGCAGUGGUGGCUGCUGUUCGUCAAGCGCUUUAAGAUCCUUCGGCGCCGCUGGAUCCCCUAUCUUGUUGCGCUCGGAUUUGGCAUCGGCGGCGCGGGAGUGUCACCGCUCUUGAUUGCUAGCGUCAGGGCGCCGAUGCCAUGUCCCUCGCAAUUUCAACCCAUCUACGAAAUGAGCUACCGCAGUGACUUUUCCAAUACUGUCUCUCCGAGUUAUAGCUACGUGAUCGGGCCAAAGAGUAAAGUGACCGAUGAUCGAUUGAAGCUGAUGACGGACGUAUACUCGGUCAACCAUACUUCUUCUCCUUCUUGGUCCGGUUACUCAUAUCAAGGCUACGCAAAUGCGACGCAAUUGAGGAACCAGCUACAGAUUGUGGAAACAAUAGAGGAGAUUACAGAGCUCAUCAAAGCCCAGCAGAGUGACCCGGAGUCAGGCGGAUAUGGAAAGAGCACCAUCGACGGAGGUCUUUGGUUGGGUGAUGAUAAGCCGACGAUCUUCUCUCUCGUCACUAGUGCCAGCAAAACGCAACAGAUGCUCAAUUUCUUCAACAAUAUCAUGGGCGGGGUCCCAAUCUCUUCGUUCUAUAUGAAGUUUGGUGAGCAGGAGAUGCCGGCGUACCUCGAUGUAAAGCCCAUCAUCUUCUUGAUAUACUACGGGCUGAUAUUGGCUGUUUAUCCAGCCUUCUUCACGCUUUACCCCACCAACGAAAGGAUCUCCAACGUUCGAUCUAUGCAAUAUUCCAACGGCAUCCGCCCAAUUCCGCUUUGGCUAUCUCAUCUUGCAUUUGAUGGAAUAGUCGUAUUUGCCAUUAGCGUCGUGGCAGUCAUUUUUUUGGCGGCUUCAAGCCCAGUGUGGUAUGGACUCGGCUUCAUCUUUAUCACUCUGGUUCUCUAUGGUUUCGUAGCUACCUUGCUUAGCUACAUCAUCUCCAUGUUCGCGAGAACGGCGGUGACAUCAUGGUUCUUGUUCUCUCUGGGACAAGUCAUUUUUUACUUCGCCUUCUUUGCUGGCAUGAUUGGCGUGUCCUCUAGUUCUACAUAUGGGGCAAUGGAGAGUGGUCUAAAUGCGCUUUUCUUCGGCAUGGGAAUCUUCUCACCCGUUGUUUGCAUACAGAGGGCUCUGGUCAUCGGUCUUGGCCAGUUUACAACCCUGUGUCGUGGCCACAGCUCGGGUUCGAUUUAUCUGUUCGGUGGUCCUAUACUGUACCUUAUUCUGCAAGGCCUCUUCCUCUUUGGAUUACUUCUAUGGUGGGAUAGCACCUUCAAGUUACCAUCUUUCGGCUCUCGCAAAGCCAUUCGAGAUGCCGAAGCUACCGAAAUGUUUUCCAAAGACGUCAUACAGGAGAAGAAACGUCUCAAAGCCGAAAAUACUGAUUUACUCGUGGAAUCAGUGUCCAAGUCGUUCCGAAAGAACAUGGCCGUCGACAAUGUGACAUUCGGAGUCCAGUCCUCCGAAAUCUUCGCCCUUCUCGGUCCGAACGGUGCUGGAAAGUCGACGCUCAUCUCUAUGAUCCGCGGCGACAUCAAACCAUCAACUUCUAGUUCCAAAAUAGAGAUUGCGCGACACUCGAUUCUGACCUCUCCCGUAGUAGCGCGUGCGAAUUUAGGUGUCUGCCCGCAGUUCGAUUCAGCAGAUGUACUGACCGUCUCCGAAACGCUGCGCUUCUUCGCGAAGAUCCGCGGCGUAAGAGAUAUUGAGCAAAACGUUGGUUCUGUCAUUGCCGCGUGCGGUUUGGGACAAUGGACAAAUCAACUUGCUCAAAACCUCUCGGGUGGUACCAAACGCAAACUAUCUCUAGCAGUCGCGCUCGUGGGUAACCCCAGGGUGCUUGUCCUCGAUGAACCUAGCUCGGCGUUGGAUGCGAAUGCAAAGCGCACCAUGUGGAAGUGUCUUCAAUCCGUAUCCAGAGAUCGCGCCGUGGUUUUAACAACGCAUUCGAUGGAAGAGGCAGAUGCCCUCGCUGACCGCAUCGGAAUCGUAUCGUCUCGUAUGCUAGCGCUGGGUGAGCGUGAAGAGUUGAAGAAACGCGCCGGAGAGUCGUACCAUAUUCACCUCGUAUCCAAAUCCGCACCACGCACAACGCCCGAGGAACUACAGGUCAUGAAGAACUGGGUCGCCAACACAUUUGCCAACGCAAAGGUUAGCCGCGAGACACAGGGUGGGCAGCUUCGUAUUGAAGUUCCUGCCGAGAGACAUGAUCUAGUAGAGUUGAUCAAGAUGUUAGAAUCAGUGAAGAAUGAUCUGGGGGUUGAGUUCUUUAGCGUCGGAAAAGCCACGCUGGACGAGGUGUUUGAGAAUAUUGUGAAGAAGUAUGGAGAAGAUGUUGACGCGUGA